GGAGGCCGUAGGCGCCAUGCCACUUUCACGGAUUAGACGCCGUGUGCGGGGGUUUACAGACAUGAAGGCGGCCUUGUGGGAUAACCGUAGGCGGCGUUUGAGGAGAGCUAUGGCGGUACCAUGUGAGGAGCGCUUAGCGCUUUUUGACUUCGAUGAUGAAGAUGACCUGAAUGUUUCCAAGAACUCUUUAUCUGGAGAAAAGAGCCCAUUCUUUGACAAAGAUGAGAAGAAAUGCCCUCCUGUGGCUGACCCAGAUGAGAAGAAAUGUCCUCCCGCAGUUGAUGCAGAUGAGAAGAGGAGCCCUCCUACAGCUGACGGAGAGAACAAAUGCCCUCCUGCAGAAGUGGAUGAAAAUAUGGAAGAUGAAGUGUGCAUUAUGUUGGAUAAACUUAGAGAUAGGAUUACUAAUUCUCUUCUUGAAAAGAUAAGAAGAAUGCAAACAUACUCAGAAACUGUUUCCAAACAGACUAGCUACAAAAUGAAACAAGCUUGGGAAACCAAACAACAGCAAAUGUUGAAAGUUAACAAUAAGUAUUACCAGCAGUUUAUGGAUCUGUUUAAGCAGUGGGAGUUGGAGAAGCAGAAAUAUGAAAAACAACAAAAACACUUAAUUAAUAUUUUACAACAACAGAAAAUGAUGCUAAGACAGUGUAAAAUUAAACAAAACCAGAGAAUGAAACUAGUUAUGCAGAUGUAUACACAAUACAUACAGAACCUGAAGCAUAAGAAUAAUAAUAAGUUUACUGAUUCAUUCACUGAACUUAAAGAGGAGAUAGCUGAGUAUCAAAGAAAAUAUAUGAUGAAAACUCAGAAACAAGAGAUUGCAAAUAUUAGGAAGUCUCUUCAAUCUAUACUAUUUUCAUGAUUCUUUGAAGAAAACUUGAACCUGUGUGAAACAAUAUAAUUUUAAUGUUAGAUAAAAACAUGUUUUAUGGUGGAAAUUCAGUUUAAAUUUAAAUGAAAACAGGCAAAUGACUAAUACCUGUCCUUAUGUAUGAAGGUUUUCACUCUUCUUGUUAAGUAGUGAGAUUUUUCUUUCCAAAAAUGUGAAUUAACGUUUGUGAAUAAAGAUUAGUUUUUUUUUCUUUUGGCAUCAGCAUAUUGCUUUUUUUUUUAUUUUGAGACAUGAUCUCCCCAUGUGACCCAGACUGGUCUCCCAUUUCUGGGCUCAAGUGAUUCUCCACCUUAACCUUCAAUAUACCUGUGAUUUUUAAUUUUUAUUUUUCUAAGAUAUGUAUAAUUCUUAUGUGUUUGUACAUAUGAAUAGUAUUUAUCUCAAAGUUGAAAAUGUUUACUGAAUCUUCAUAAAAAGCAGCAGCAAAAGAUUAGAAAUUCUCAAAAGCUUUUAAAAUCUAUACUAUUGUACUGUUCAAAUAAAAUAUAAAAAGGCAUGUGCCUGGCAACAUUC